CCCAAACCACCCAAAACCGCCACCCUCAAGCUAAAAUUGUUCCAAAAGCUUCAUUUUUGCAUCAAGCAUCAUCACAAAAAGCUUUUUCAUCACUCUUUGAACAUCAAUCCAAGGUUCCAUGGCUCCUAAACGACGAAAUGAUGCUACUUCUUCCUCUUCAUCCGUACCACGUUUCACCUCCCCGGAGAAUGAGGCUUGGUACGAACAAAGAAAGAAGUGGAAGAUAGUGGUUGAGAAGACUGUGCAUCCUGAGAUCGACGCUCUGUAUCGACUCUCCAACGCUUUUGACAAAUUGGGAUGGGCCGUCAUGCUUACUUUGACUGGGGCAUACUACCCGACGCUUGUACGGGAGUUCUAUGCCAAUAUUGAGAGGAAAAUGGACCCGUUUGGGGAUAUUGUGAGCACUGUUAAAGGCACAAAAAUCACUAUUAGCAAACAAAGAUUGUGCAACUUGCUUCAUAUCCCAAACGUCGGUCGCCCAGUUGAAAUGAACUCUGUAGUGGUAAUCACCGACCCCGCUUACAAUGAGGUAGAUGUCAUGAACGAAUAUGGAUUCGGUGCAGAUCUUGGGGCUCGUGUUCUUGAAGCAAAAGAGAGACUUAUCGCAUACCUUCUUAGCUUCAACAUCUUGCCAAGAGCUAGUGACACGCAUGUACUUCGGCGGAUGGACCUCUACCUAAUGUAUAAAAUGAUCAACGGACUUGGGCAAAUCGAGGGUAUUCCUUUGGCUCCUUUAAUCAUG